UUGUUUCGUCACUGAUGCACAUGAUCUUGCCUUUUUUCAAUACAAGGAAUGUUUUCACCAUAUCCCUCGUAUAUGGCACAAGGAUUAAUUUCAUAGCCCUAAUUUAUCACUGCGCCUUUCACUAAGCCUACUUAAUUUUACUCAUAUUAAUUUCCAUAGCCUACUUGCGUUUAUUUUAGCGAAAUGGAUCGCUACCGCAAUCUAAAUUGUGCCCUCUGCUCUUCAUGACCUCGCAACACUUAAACACCUACAUUCUCUAAAUGGGAUUUUCUUUUACUACUAGUUUCAUCAAAUAAAUUCGAUAUCUUUCGUUUUCGAAUCCUUUUCAUGAAAUGAAGACGACUGUGAAGAUUUGAUUUGGUUCUUUACUCACUCUUCUUCUGUGCCUUGCGUGAACCUCAAUACGCUUGCUUCAAAGUGUGGAACAUGGCUUAACGAUGCCUCGUUUCGUUGCUUCAGGGAGAGUACCGCAUUAAGUGACGGACAGAGGAAGUGGAUCCAGCGUCGAGUUUAUCUGCUGGGUUCUCCCCUGGCUGCACUCCUCUGCUCCGCUCCCCCUCAUCCCCCUCUCCAUUCAUUCUCUGUGCACUGCCAUGGAGGAGAGAAGAUUAUAUGGGACAGGCCGAUAAAACCUGGUGUUCUGGAGAGUUGGGGUGAGACAAGGACUCCAGGACUGCGGAGACACUGCCGUCUCCUGUGAAGUUCUUUUAUCAAAGCUUUUGACGUCCUUUUACAGGGACCACGAGACAACAUCAAGGCCUGCUGAUGGGAGUCGGCAAGAGCAAGCCUAAGGAGCCGGGUCAGCGCUCACUGAGUCUGGAUGGAACCAUUGGAACAGGCUUGGACAGCAUGCACCACCACCUCAGCCCAGCCCAGCAGACUCAGACCCCCAACAGAAGUCCCGCCGUAGGGGGCACGAGGCGCGCCCACCACCCCGGGCAUGCCCCCACCAACACCCCUGAGCUGGCACUGUUCGGCGGGGUGGACCACACGGGCAGCAUCAUCUCUCCUCACAGAGGACUACUGGCAGGAGGUGUCACUACAUUUGUGGCGCUCUACGACUAUGAGUCACGGACUGCCUCGGACCUGACGUUCAAGAAAGGCGAGCGGCUGCAGAUCGUCAACAACACGAGAAAGUACAGCUUCAGGGAAGGGGACUGGUGGCUCGCUCGGUCUCUGACCACCGGAGAAAGCGGUUAUAUCCCCAGCAACUACGUGGCCCCCUCUGACUCCAUCCAGGCAGAAGAGUGGUAUUUUGGGAAGAUAACUCGGCGCAACUCGGAGAGGCUCCUUCUGAGUUUACAGAACCGACGAGGAACCUUCCUGGUCCGAGAGAGCGAAACCACUAAAGGAGCCUAUUGCCUGUCCGUGUUGGACUAUGACAACACUAAAGGCCUCAACGUCAAACACUACAAGAUACGCAAACUAGACAGCGGCGGUUUCUAUAUCACCUCACGCACCCAGUUCAGCAGUCUGCAGCAGCUGGUCUUCCACUAUCGCAAGCAUGCAGACGGGCUGUGCCACUGUCUGACGGAGGUGUGUCCCGUGCUGAAGCCUCAGACCCAGGGCCUGGCCCGCGAUGCCUGGGAAAUCCCACGGGAAUCGCUCCACCUCGACCUCAAACUGGGCCAGGGCUGUUUUGGAGAGGUCUGGAUGGGGAAGUGGAACGGUACAACGCGGGUGGCCAUCAAGACCCUGAAGACAGGCACCAUGUCCCCAGAGGCCUUCCUCCAGGAGGCGCAGGUCAUGAAGAAGCUGAGACACGAGAAACUGGUGCAGCUCUACGCUGUGGUGUCUGAGGAACCCAUCUACAUCGUCACUGAGUACAUGACCCAAGGUAGCCUGUUGGACUUCCUCAAAGGUGACACGGGCAAGCUGCUACGUCUACCCCAGCUAGUGGAUAUGGCAUCUCAGAUUGCAGCAGGGAUGGCAUACGUAGAGAGGAUGAACUACGUCCACAGAGACCUCAGGGCUGCCAACAUCCUCGUAGGAGACAACCUGGUGUGUAAAGUGGCCGACUUCGGCCUGGCCCGCCUCAUAGAGGACAACGAGUACACUGCCAGACAAGGAGCCAAGUUCCCCAUUAAGUGGACGGCGCCAGAGGCUGCCCUCUACGGCCGCUUCACCAUCAAGUCAGAUGUCUGGUCAUUUGGGGUCCUGCUCACUGAACUCGCCACCAAAGGCAGAGUACCAUAUCCAGGCAUGGUGAACCGGGAGGUGCUGGAGCAGGUGGAGCGCGGAUACCGGAUGCCCUGUCCCGGCGAGUGCCCGAGCUCAAUGCACGAGCUCAUGCUCAUCUGCUGGAGGAAGGAUGCCGAGGAGAGGCCCACCUUCGAGUACCUCCAGGGCUUCCUGGAAGAUUACUUUACCUCCACCGAGCCCCAGUACCAGCCUGGGGAGAACCUAUAGGUCUCAGGGACAUCGGUCCCACCACGGGACCACAUGGGUGGACUUGCCCACUUUAAACACUGAUCAAGGGACAGUUUUGCAUUAUUUCCUCCCUGUAAUGGACAAUGGUUAAGGAUGGUUUAGGAUUGGGGAGAGAGGAAGAGCGGAUCCUAGAUAUUUGGUUAUGAGUGGCUUCUAACCUGGAUCUUUUGGGGGAAGUGGGAAGCGUUGGUAAUAACUGAUCCCAAGACAGUAGCAUUUUCUCCACUAAAAGUUAAGGUUAGGAUUAGGGGAGAAGAAGCUCGUCCUAAAUCUGUAGCUAGGGGAAACUUCAUCCCGGAGAACCCUAGGGGAGGACGGAGGAUAAUGAGAUGGGGCAUGACCAUUGUUUUGACCCUCCCUCUCUGUCCUUAGUACCCUUCUUCUCAAAGGCUCUGUCCGGAUUCCUUCACUCUUCUCCCAAAGUGUGCACUACCUGUCAAGCAUUGGCUAGACUAGAGGAAGUCUCCCCCAUUGUUGAAAUCUGUUUGGAGAAUCUAGAUACAGCCAUAGCGCCACAGCAUCUGUCCUCUCCACCUCCUCUUUUUGCAGAGCACUGCCAACGUGGCAUAGGUGCCAUCUGUCUAUUGUCCCUCUCUCUUGUGUGAGCCAAAUGGCACCCUAUUCCUUAUACAGUGCACUACUCUUGACCAGAACCCUAUAGACCCUCGUCAAAAGUAGUACACUAGGGCUCUGGUACACUAGUAGGUAAUACGGUGCCAUUUAGGACUCAGCCUCUGUGUGUGUGUGUUUCGCUCUGUCUGUCCCUCUAUCUCUUUGUUUAUCUCUUUGUUUAUCUAUCUCUAUCUCUCUCUCUUCCUAUUUCCUCCUCUCUAUAUCUCUCCAGUAUUCUCAAGUGCUGCUUACUCCAGGUCAUCAGGUUUCUCCAAAACAAAUGUCAAAAUUUUUUUUAAAGGUUUUUCUUUGUUUGUCUUAUUUUUUGUUGUUUUUUACAGAUUCUACUUUCUUCCUGUGUCCAUGUCAAUAAAACUGUAAGUUGCAAAGCUCCCAGACAAUUUCACGUGAAACCAUUUGGAAGACAGCUUUAUAUUAUACCCAUAGAAGUGACGUCAAGGAUACUCAGCGUUAAUACAGACUCACACUAGUAAAAAAUGUCCACAUUGUCCCUGCCUGUUUCAGUCCGUUUCAUUCUGUUUGGUACCUAUUGAACACAGCCCUGUGUUUUGGUGCCAUCGCCCUGAGAUUAUUGAGGCUCAGUUGUACAAUCAUUUGAAACCUAUUGAUAAGGAUCCAAAACUUAAAUUCUUAAAUGCAUUCCUAUUUAGGGGUUUUAUGGGAAUGAACGAUACAUUUAUGAUAAAAACAUGAAAAUUAAUUAAAGCUUUGAGCCAAUCGGAUAUGAAGGAUAGCAUUCAUGCACAAUUAGUUAAAUCUUUGUGAACCAAAUCUGGCACUACAAUCUAUGCAUGUCUUAAUCCCUUACAAAUCUUAACAUUACAACAAUCCUUUAUAGGCAAUCCUUCAAUUACUACAAUCUUUCAUAGUCAGAAAGACGGGUGGAGAAUUUAAAUACUUUUCACACUAUUGUGCUGACCCAAACUGUACUGCUUAUAACUGUACUGUGCUGGCUUUGGAUAUUCUAUUUUGACAUUGUCCUUUCCAGCACACUUCCAGCCACUAUGGUGGAUGUGGAACCAGUCCAGCGCAGUACUGCUCAGGUGAUGGUCAUAGGUUAGGUUUAAAGGUAGACUCAGUAGUGGGUCAAUUUAAGGGCUGGGGAGUAACUGAUUACAUGUUAUCAGUUACGGGUUUAUGUAAUCUGAUUACAAAAAAAGGAACUAAUCAGUUACAUUACCAGCAACAUUUUUGUAAUCAGAUUAGAUACUUUUGAAAAACUAGAUGAUUACUACUUGGAAUCCUUUUAAAUUCAGAAAAGAUGUUUUGUGAAAAAAUAUACAUUGACAUUCAGUUCAGCAUUGAAAAAAGGUGCAGGUUUAAGUUUGUUCCAUCUGACUGAGUCUGACCAUAAGCCAGAGACCACUAUGAUGACACACCAAACGCAUUUGGUGGAUCCCUUUAGUUUUCUUCUAAUGGCUCUUAAAGUAAUCAGGUUACAUUACUGAGUUUGGGGUAAACCAAAAGUUGCGUUACUGAUUUUAUAAUUUUGGACAGGUAACUAACCUCAGCAAAAGAAUAAGUGUUCCUUUUUCAGGACCCUGCAUUUCAAAGAUAAUUAGUAAAAAUCCAAAUAACUUCACAAAUCUUCAUUGCAAAGGGUUUAAACAUUGUUUCCCAUGCUUGUUUAAUGAACCAUAAACAAUUAAUGAACAUGCACCUGUGGAACGGUCGUUAAGACACUAACAACUUACAGACGGUAGGCGAUUAAGGUCAAAGUUACUAAAACUUCGGACACUAAAGAGGCCUUUCUACUGACUCUGAAAAACACAAACAAAGAUAACCAGGGUCCCUGCUCAUCUGUGUAAACGUGCCUUAGGCAUGCUGCAAGGAGGCAUGAGGACUGCAGAUGUGGCCAGGGCAAUAAAUUGCAAUGUCCGUACUGUGAGAUGCCUAAGACAGCGCUACAGGGAGACAGGACGGACAGUUGAUGGUCCUCGCAGUGGCAGCCCAGUGUAACACCUGCACAGGAUCGGUACAUCUGAACAUCACACCUGCGGGACAGGUAGAGGAUGGCAACAACCACUGCCCGACUUACACCAGGAACGCACAAUCCCUCCAUCAGUGCUCAGACUUUCCGCAAUAGACUGAGAGAGGCUGGACUGAGAGCUUGUAGGCCUGUUGUAAGGCAGGUCCUCACCAGACAUCACCGGCAACAAUGUUGCCUAUGGGCACAAACCCACCGUUGCUGGACCAGACAGGACUGGCAAAAAGUGCUCUUCACUGACGAGUUGCGUUUUUGUCUCACCAGGGGUGUUGGUCGGAUUCGCAUUUAUCGUCGAAGGAAUGAGUGUUACACCGAGGCCUGUACUCUGGAGUGGGAUCGAUUUGGAGGUGGAGGGUCCGUCAUGGUCUGGGGUGGAGUGUCACAGCAUCAUCGGACUGAGCUUGUCAUUGCAGGAAAUCUCAACGCUGUGCGUUAACAGGGAAGACAUCCUCCUUCCUCAUGUGGUACCCUUCCUGCAGGCUUAUCCUGACAUCACCCUCCAGCAUGACAAUGCCACCACACACAGAACAAGCAGUAUGACUGAUUUCCUGGAAGACGGGUAUGUCAGUGUUCUGCCAUGGCCAGCGAAGAGGUCGGAUCUCAAUUCCAUUGAGCACGUCUGGGACCUGUUGGAUCGAGGGUGAGGGCUAGGACCAUUCCCCCCAGAAAUGUCCAGGAACUUGCAGGUGCCUUGGUGGAAGAGUGGGGUAACAUCUCACAGCAAGAACUGGCAAAUCUGGUGCAGUCCAUGAGUAGGAGAUGCACUGCAGUACUUAAUGCAGCUGGUGGCCACACCAGAUACUGACUGUUACUUUUGAUUUUGACCCCUCCUUGUUCAGGGGCACAUUAUUCUAUUUCUGUUAGUCACAUGUCUGUGGAACUUGUUCAGUCUGUUGUUGAAUCUUGUUAUGUUCAUAAAUAUUUACACGUUAAGUUUGCGGAAAAUAAACACAGUUGAGAGUGAGAGGAUGUUUCUUUUUUUGCUGAGUUUAGUAACUGUAAGGAUUACAUUUAGAAAACAACCUACCCAACCCUGGCCAAUUUCCGCAAAAACAUGGAGCAUUGAAGCUUGAGCCUAAACUUCUCAGCUGUUUGGGUCCAGUAGCUACCAUGUAGCAGUGUGAAGUGCACCUGUGCACAUGCGCAGAUACUCUGUGUGACUGUGUGAAAGCAAAGUCUUGCAACUUGCUCAUCUCAAAGGGUACGUUCGAGCAGAUAAUUUUUGUCAAGUCGGUGACUAUCAUUGGUCACCGCCUUUCAAAGUGUGUUAAGUUCUGGGUAUACGAAUGUCUGGGCAUACAUGUCGACUUCAUGAAUUUUAACAAAAAUCAUGUGACCCCACAUGGGGUUAUUGACUCGUGGAUACCAUUUUUAUGUCUCUGACUGCAGAGACAUAAAAAUGGAAGUAGAUAAUUGGCCUCAAAUCCUGAAAUAUCCCUUUAACAAAGGCCCCAGUGCCAGUGGAAGCAAAAUAGCCCCGUAAUAUCAAAGAUCCUCCACCAUGUUUUACAGUAGGUAUGGGGUUAUUUUCUGCUCUUGCAUUCUAAUUUUGACGCCAAACCCAUCACUGGUGUGUGUGUGGCCAAAGAGCUUUAUUGUCAUGUCAAUUGAAGAGGGCAGUCCAUUGGCAAGGAUAUAAAGGAAUUAUAUAAAAUAAUAUCACUUCAACUUUUUGAGGGGGGCAUACAUUCAAAUUUUUGCUCAUCUUUAUCAAAGGUGCCAAUAAUUUCAGAACCACUGUAUGUGAUAUUUGAGGCUCUCACUAAUUGAUUGUACAAUGUGGACACACAUAAUAUUAUUAUAAUUGUAUCGUUUUUCAGUGUGUGAUAUGGGGGUUAGAUACAUGUUUGUUUCAACAUAAAGAAAACCUUUUAUAAUCAAUGGCAACACUGCCAUGUUGAUUUGAGCCUUGCUUUUGGAAAACCACAUUAGUGUCUGAUUUUCGGCUGUCGCAGAUGCAUCUCCCCCGACUACACUCGUUAACUUCCGUCUACAAUAGGUUGCCUUUGACUUACCACUCAAACACACCCAAUAUCUGCAGUGCUGCUCAUGGCAAUGUCAUCUCGCUGAGUCUAACUUUUAAAUUAUAAUUUAAAUCUCAAUGUGACCUGCCAUAUUCAGAAGCUUGAAAACACCAUCAGAAAAAAAAGCAUAAACCCCAUUCACUUUUUGCCCCCAAAAAACUCAAAUUGAACAACAAACAUUAUGGAUUUUAUUUGAGUUUGUUUCGGAGUCAAAUAUAAUAGUUUCAGUAUAGUUUGUUUUUCAAACAAGUUUGUUAAUUAUUUUAUUUCAGUUUACUAAAUAGUUUUAGGGUGUUUUAGUUUACUAUAAUAACCUUGCUCUGUAUUUUGUGCCAGUUUGUGUCAUUUCCUUCUUCCCUUUGCUUGAAUCCAAUCCCCUGUGUUUUCAUGAAACAUCUGGUUUGCAGUGAGUAGCUUUUGGUGUUUUCGAACAUGUACAUGAUUUAACUGGAAUGUUGUGCGACUUGGGCGACACAAAAAAUACAUUCUUGGGAGACACGGUUGAAAAGUGUUAUUUAGGCAGCUCGGUUGAGAAUGGUCUAUAACUUGAAAGAUUAAAGAAGCAAUACAACUGGCCUUCUUUAGGCUAGUUGAGUAUCUGGAGCAUCAGCAUUUGUGGGUUCGAUUACAGGCUCAAAAUGGCCAGAAACAAAUAACUUUCUUCUGAAACUCAUCAGUUUAUUUUUGUUCUGAGAAAUGAAGGCUAUUCCAUGCAAGAAAUUGACAAGAAACUGAAGAUCUUGUACAACGCUGUGUACUACUCCCUUCACAGAACAGCGCGAACCAGAAUAGAAAGAGUGGGAGGCCUCGGUGCACAACUGAGCAACAGAACAAUUACAUUAGAGUGUCUAGUUUGUGAAGAGGCGACUCCGGGAUGCUUGCCUUCUUGGAAAGUUGCAAAGAAAAAGCCAUAUGUCAGACUGGCCAAUAAAAAGAAAAGAUUCAAAUGGGCAAAAGAACACAGACACUGAACAGAGGAAUAUUGGAAAAAAGUAUUAUGGUCAGACGAAUCUAAGUUUGAGGUGUUCAGAUCACAAAAAAGAACAUUCGUGAGACGCAGAAAAAAUGAAAACAUGCUGGAGGAGUGCUUAACGCCAUCUGUCAAGCAUGGGGGAGGCAAUGUGAUGGUCUGGGGGUGCUUUGGUGGUGGUAAAGUGGGAGAUUUGUACAGGGUAAAAGGGAUCUUGAAGAAGGAAGGCUAUCACUCCAUUUUGCAAUGCCGUGUAUGGACGGCACUUAAUUGAAGGCAAUUUCCUCCUACAACAGGACAACGACCCAAAGCACAGCUCCAGCUAUACAAUAACUAUUUAGGGAAGAAGCAGUCAGCUGGUAUUCUGUCUUUGCUGGCCACUCCAUUAUAGUCACUGGAUCUCAACCCUAUUGAGCUGUUGUUGGAACAGCUUGCCGAUCCAACUUGUGGGAGGUGCUUCAGGAAGCAUGGGGUCAAAUCUCUUCAGAUUUCCUCAACAAAUUGACAACUACAAUGCCAAGAUCUGCAAGGCUGUAAUUACUGCAAAUGGAGGAUUCUUUGAAAGCAAAGUUUGAAGGACACAGUUAUUUCAAUUAAAAAUGAUUAUUUAUAACCUUGUCAACGUCUUGACUAUAUUUCCUAUUCAUUUUGCAACUCAUUUCAUGUAUGUUUUCAUGGAAAACAAGAACAUUUCUAAGUGACCCUAAACUUUUGAAUGGUAGUAUAGGUAUUAAAAAAUUGGCAGUGAUGUGAGUGUUAAUAUCUCUAACAUGAAUGAAUGACUCUGACUAUCAUGUUUUUUUGUGUGUGUGUGUUUUUUUUUUAAAUCUCCUCUAAAUUUGUCAUUUUCUUAGACCCAACAUGAUGCGUAAUAAUGCAUAGGCUUCUUUAUACUUUCAAUUGAACAUAUGAACCUGUUGGUGCAUUGAUAAAUAGAACUUUAGGCCAUUGUACCACGUGUCCAGCAUUGGAAUGGAUUCUAAUCUUGCGAUGGUGCCAGUCCCCACAUGGAAUAUGGACCACAAUGUUACAAUUAUUCUUCUUUCAAAUCUAUUGGAUGAAAAAGUGGACAAUAAACUAAUUGUUUAAUAUCAAGCCAAGGACUACAUUCUUGAUUUGACUCACUGUCCAAAUGUGUAUGUUUCAUAAACCUACACAGUUUCUGGUUUACUAUUCCUGAAAUAUUCUCAUUGUUUGAAACUGACAAUAUCAGAAUAUUGAGGAUUUUGUAAACAAUAUUGAUUUGGUUUUCUCUUUUUUUGUAUGUGUAUCAGGAUUGGAUUGAAAUGGGUAUUGUGCCACUUUGUUAUCUUUAAAUGUGCAAUAAAUUAUAUGUCAAGA